AUGGCGAUUCUUCCUGUCGUGCGACAGGUUUUUAUUCUAACAAUUUURAAUAGYAUUAUCUCAUCGACGAGAUCCUUUCUUGACAUAGAAGAAAUCCGAAGCACUAAAUAUGGAAUAGAGAUAGCUGGAGUUCCAGUUUUACUCAAAGAGGAUCCAGAACUUUCAAAUUCUGUCAUGGUUUCUUCAAAACAUGGACAGSAAUACCAAUGUAUUUUACCUAAACCAGAAACCAAAGAAACAAUUGAGGAAACUAAAAAGACAUUUACUACAGAAGAAGUCUCAAGUUUAUUAAAAUCUCUGGAAAACAAGUGUUUACACCAUAACAAAGGCUGGUGGACAUAUGAAUUUUGCURCGGAAAGUCUGUAUCUCAAUACCAUGAGGAAGGUAAUGCCAUUGUUGGCGAUAGAAUAUCCUUAGGGAUUUACAGUUCUCAAACAGAAUGGGACAAGCAGGAAAUUGAGUUCCCAUAUUCAAAGAACAGCUCCAAGAGGUUUCAUUCACAAUUUUUUGAAAAUGGCACAACUUGUGACUUGAAUGGAGCACAAAGAACAACAGAAGUCAAGUUCAAGUGUGAAGUUGAUGCUCAAGAUCACAUAUCCAUGGUUACAGAGCCGUCUUCUUGUACAUAUUCCAUGAUUGUACACACAAGUAAACUCUGUGAACAUCCAUUAUUUAAACCAGCAGAAAACCGCAAGCCGCUCGCAAUUACAUGCUCACCAGCUCUUCCUGAAGAACGAUAUCAAAAAUACUUGAAAGCAGCUGAACGUGAGAAAAAGGCCAAAGCUAAAGCAAUAGCAGACAAAAUUCUCAAAAUGCGAGAAUUUGAAGACCAAUACGACUACGAAGAAAGUGAUGAUUAUAUUCAAAAGCCCAAGAAAAAAAAGCGCGCUAGGAGUGAAGUGUGGCCUUUUGAUAAACCUGACUCAGAUGCUGAUGACGAAACAUUUAUUAGCGGAGAUAUUGGAGAAAAGUCUAUCAAAGUUGACCGGUUGGACGUGUUACGAGGAAGAAAGUUGCGCGAAGAUGGUCAAGCCGAUAAAAUGGACGAGAGUGUAACGAUUAGAAGUCGACAUUUGACUCAAGAACGUAAACCUAUUAAAGAAACUGUCGAUGUUAUUGAUGGCGAAAGUCCUGAUCAAGAAAAUAGUGAAAAGAAAGAUGAUCUUUCUUCAACAAAAGACAACAGCGAAAUCAAGCAGGAAUCUUCUAGUGAAAGCUGGAAAGAAAGCCCUAGAAGAUUUCCAUUUGACAGGUUCCUUAAGCCAUAUCCAUCUUCUAAAGUUAGCGGUAAAGAAGAUGAUAAACCUAGGAAAAUAACAGGGGAAGAGGGAAGACAGAGCGAGAGUACUAAUGUGCAUAAGACUGGUAGCAAGGCAAAGAAAAAGAAAAGUUUAGAGGAAGAAUGGAAUGACGCGCUGGCUCAAGCAAGGAAAAUGUUGAAGAGUGUUGUAAGGAAUCAGUUGAAAGGCAUGGGGGUUGACCCUGAUGAGCUUGAAAGUAGAGUAAAGGCCAUGGCCGGUAGAAAAUCUUCAAAGUCGGCUAAAGGUGAAARGCAAGAAGAAAAGCAGUCUAAAGUUGGUGGUAAAGGAGAAGGAGAUCCGGCGGUUGACGGCGUWAAAGGAGCUGUAGAGAAAAAACUGGGAGAUGUCAUGCAGUCAGUCGAGCAAAUGGAAAAAGAUGGAACACUGGGUAAAAACAGCAAAGAAAGACGUCUUUUGACAAACAUCCAGAAAAUAUUGAAAGGAAUGGACCACCAAAACGUAGUGCUCAUGAACAAAGAGGAAACGAUUCAGCGACAGCUUGAAAAACAUUUCGAUGAACUUAAAGGUCGCUUUAAUAUAGAGGUAGAGAUGAUGAAACGAUUUAUUGAAGAAAUCGAAGAAAGGGACAGCAAUUCAGGUUACCAAGGAAACGACUACUUGAAAACCAUCGUGGAGAAACUCAAGACUUCUCUCAACCGCUUUGAUAAGUCCAACAGGGCUCUUGUAGCCGAUAUGGAAGCUGUAAAGGAAAUAAACAAAGAAAUCCAUUCCAAAAUUGAUGACAUUGCCUCAGCRAAUACCGCUGAAAGGAAUUCGAGAAGUUUAGAGUUCUUUCGCCUCACUGGAAAAGCUAAUUCAAUUCUUCGAAGACUGCUGCUACGAAGCGCACAACUCGAUAAAGAAAUGCUUGCUAUGAAAGAAAUCAGYCAUGAUAUUAAAGCGAGGAGAGAGGAGUACGCCGAUGCUUUGGACGAUGAUCCUACCUUGACGGAAAAUAAGAAACUUAAUAAAGAAGCAGAGCAGAGGUUGAGUUUUGUAGUUGAUAAAAUCAAGAACAUGAUAACUGAUAUUGACAGUGGUGAAGACACGACUGCCUCGGAGACUGAUGAUCUUCCUGAUACGACCCCYAAUAGUGAUAACUUCCAAGUUCGCGUCAGCAAAAUCAAAGGGGAGGACGGGAAGGCAGUAUGGACUGACGGGAAGGAGGACGAGCUUGCUGAGAACACUGGGACUGGCGGUGAAACUGAAAUUGAGGAAAAAUUAAAAAGAGCGUCAAAGAAAAUGGAGAGAAUGGUGAAAAAUCAACUGGAAAAUGCUGGAAUCAACCCGGGAGGCAAAGUCCGCGUGAAAAUCAUCACUUCACGUGACGCAUUAGAAAAUUUUGGUGGUAAGAAAACCGCUGGCAUGGAUAUCUUGAGUGAAGAAGAGACCAAUCAAUUUAAAAAGAUGAUUCUUCGUUUAAUGGGAGGAAGCAGCGAAGCAGGAGAGGAGAAGAAACGGCAGAUCAAAAUGGAGGAUAAUUACAAUCUMGUGUGGAGUGAAAAUGGAAUGAAGAAAGCACCGCCCCCAGAAGAGGACGAACCAGAUGCUGAAUUAGUAUUUGACGAUACAGAUUUUUUGUAGUGAAGAGCACYACAGUACAAAUAUAGUAUAAGUUUUCUUGAAUACAAGAAUGUUGUGCAUUUUGUGCAUAUUUAUUUUAAAAAAGGCAUACGACUUGUCAAAACUGCAUUAAUACAAUGAACAUUGGAACAAUGAAGAGUUGCAAAUUAUUGCAGACGAUUCAUCUCAUUUGGUACAGUUUUUUCGUGUGAUUUCAAUAAAUUUUACUGAUUCAACGCUGUUCCAAUUAAAAAACCGAAUAUAAAUGUGAAUAAUAGUGCAUAACAUGAAAUUAUUAUUUAUAAGUUCACAAUUUUAUACACACUUUAGAUAUGAUUAAAUAACAUAAUUGAGUCUCGGACGACUCCUAUUUGUCUUGUAUAGAAAACAAAGGCGACACGCCAUUUAAGAUUAUAGCUGUUUUAACAGCAUAAUAAAGAAAUAUAUAAAUCCAUCA